AUGAGACAUCGGCCCGUCAUCAGCAUCGAAAAUUACACCAUAUACUGCGGCGAUGCUGACGAGAACAAAGCAGGUGGCUGCGCGAUAGCUGUGAGGAACGAUCGCAAGAACCUGGUGGAGGAAUUUGGCUCAACGUCGUCUAGACGCGCCUUUCUACGACUGCGGGAUCGCAGAGCACCGAAUCGCACGUCGGACAACGGUGACCAUCUGGUCGACUUGUGCGAACAGACGGUCUCAUCAUCGCUUGCACGUGUAAGAGGAAUCAUCGACGCCAUCACCUCACCUGGCAGGGUCAACCCUUAUAACGCCUGUAGAGCAGUGCAAGUGGAAGAUGAGGACUCUUAA